GCAUAUUUCGUUGCAAAAACUUAUUGAAUAUAUUGAUAUAACAAUGUCGUUGCCAAAAACCUCAUAAAAUUAUUUAUAAAAGAAAUUGAUUUUUAUUGUGCAUAGUAUCUCACCCAAAACAGCGCAUAGUAUCUCCCUCUUACCCAAACCACGACAUUAGUAUCUCCCUCACACCCAAACAGUGCCCGUAUCCCUUACCCAAAACUUUCUGCAUAGCCAACCGCCGCACAGCCCCAACGUAGAGUGCCCAACGACCAUGGUGGUUGUAAGAGUGUCCUCUUUGCUUCACACAAUAGCCAAAUCAGGCAAAUAAUCGAGAUGGGACGUUGCUCUUACAGACUUCCUCCAACACAUCCCAUAAGGUUGGCUCUUUCUCUCAACUUCUCAGUGUUCUACUUUGAGAUUCUCAAUUCUGCUGAUAAAGCUUGUAGCAUGGCUAAACAGUUUGCAUUGGAUUCUAUGUAGGAGCUUGCCAAAGUUUUUGAUUUUAUUAUUUGAUCACAAAAGAUGGACUUGUUAUCAUUGAUGCUCUUUAUAUUUGUCUACUACUCUUAUAGUCCUAUAUUAAGUGGUGAAGUAGGUAAAUAUUUUGCAGAGUUGAAUUAGUGAUACCGAGUGUAGAAAGUUUCCCUUAGGGGACUUCGUGGAUUAAGUGUAAAACGAAGAAAAUAGUGAAUGAGAAAAUUUAUGGAAAUUUUAUAGACUUUGAUUGAUAGUGAAAGAGGAGGAUAAAGUAUAGUAAUCUUUUAUCCUUCUAGAAAAUCUUGGCUUGCUCAUUUUUCAUCCCACCAAUGCCAAUCAUUACUACUAUCUUCACCACCUUCAUCCUCAUACCCACCCCCAAGGUGUAGAAAAUAUGAAACAAAGUAACCCACAAAAAGUACCCCAAGGUGUAGAGAAGAACAGGGAUUUGAUGCACUUGGACGCAAAUCUACAGCCUAUUUCGGCUGGAAAGAAGAUGUGGAGUAUUUUGGACUGUUCUGUCGUCAAGCACAGAAUCGAUCUUAAGGGGUAUAGUUUAAUUUGUUCACAACCAACAGAGAAUAACGGCUAAAAAUCAACACGUGACAAACAUGUGCACGUUUUAAGUACAAAUAGACAGAAAACAGAACACUGAUUAUUCUGGUAUGAUAUCAGUUGACCAGGGGACCUUGAGCUCCCUUUCUUAGUGUCUUAAUGUGAUCUUUAGGAGGUACUUAAGGUCUUGAUGGAAAGGUCCAUGUAUAGAGAUUCCAAAACUACCCUUGGUGUCUCCUGGGAUGCUCCGGUUGGCUCUGUGGAAGAGCUGCAAGGUACGCUGGUCAGCAGGUGGACGAAAUACAAAGUAAUUAGAAUUAGAGCAUAUGAUGCGAUGGACGAAAUACAAAGUAAGAAAAACUAAGAGAGAAAAAGCUUGGAGAGCCAUUGUUGUGGUUUCUCGUUCAUCUUGUAAUCUCCCAGUUUAUAGUGAAAAGUUUAUUCUCGGUGCCGGUGGAUGUUGCUAUCAUAUUGAUAGUGAACCACGUUAAUUUCUCGGUGUGAUUUUCUUUAUUGUUUGUUUGAAUCUUUAUUACUUUCUGUUAUUGUUUUCAAUCUUUGCUUCCAUUGUCGCACAACAAUUGGUAUCAGAACUCAGGUUAAUCCUAGGAAGAGUUUUUUGAGGAAACAUUGGUAGGAGAUUCUACAAUAAAGAUUGAGAAAUUUAAUGGGAAGAAUAGCUUUGAGCUGUGGUAGAUUAAGAUGAAGGCGUUAUUAAAGCAGUUACAGAUUUGGAGUCCGUUGAUCCCAAAGAGUGCGGCAUCUACGUCGGGAUCUGGAGACAAAUGGACUGAUGAAUAGUUAAUAGUGAUGGAGGAGAAGACUCAUUCAACCAUCUUACUAAGUCUUGAUGAUCACAUCAUCACGGAUGUUGCUGAUCAAGAGACGACCGCAGAAUUAUGGUUAAAAUUAGAGUCUUUGUAAAUGACAAAAUCUUUAACCAACAAAUUACUACUGAAACAGUGGUUGUUUAGCCUCAAGAUGUAGUCAGGUACACCAUUAAGAGAUCAUCUAGAAAAAUCUAAUUCUAUUUUACUAGAUUUGCGUAAUUUAGAAGUUAAGAUCGAUGAUGAGGAUGUAACGUUAAUAUUGCUUGUUUCUCUACGGAAUAGUUAUGAGAACUUUGUGGAAUCUUUUGUGGUUGACAAAGAUUCCUUAACCCUAGAGGAAGCGAAGGCAACACUUUAUACUAGGGAGUUGCGUCAAAAGGCGACAGGUGAUAAUGAAAAUUAUGGUAGUGGAUUAGUUGUUAGGUCGGGUAGACAUUCUAGAAAGAAAAAGGGGUCUAACAAUAGUAACGGUGCUAAGUCGGAUACUAGUAAUAGUACAGAUGGGUGUAGCAACACUAGGACCGUAAUAUGUUAUCACUGUUAGGAACCGGGACAUUUUAGGUCUAAAUGUCCAGAAUUAAAGAAUAAUUCUCAAGCCACAGUAGUCGAAAGUAAACAGAAUAAGAGCUAUGAUUUGGAGGAAGAUUUAGCAUUGAUUAGUUGUGUUGAGUCUAGUGAUUUGUUUGAUAACUGGAUUCUUGAUUUUGGUAGUUUGUUCCAUAGUUUGAUACUUAUGAGUCUUGUUUUUUUGGGGGUUCAAUUAUGGUUGCUAACGGUUCUCCAUGUGAAGUAGUAGAUAUUGGUUCCAUGAGACUUCGGAUUAGAGAUGGGAGAAGGGUUACUUUGAUUAAGGUGAGGCAUGUUCCUGCAUUGGGGAAAAACUUGAUAUCGCUUGGGACCAUAUAAGAUUUGGGGCUCAAGGGUGAGUUUAGCAAUGGGGAAGUGAGUGUCUUUAAGGGUUUGGAUUUGAUACUUAGGGGUGUCAAGGUGAAAUCCCUAUAUGUCUUUUAGGAUGUUACGCUGCUUAGUUUUGCUGUUAGUAUUUGUACUUGUCACCAGGAGAUGACGGUUUGGGAUAGGCAUUGUCAUAUGGGUGAAAGUUGAGGGCUGGAAUUGUCCAUUGGGAAUCGUCUUACAUAUGUCAAGGAUGCCUACCUUGAGGAUGACGAGCAUUUGGUGUUUGGGUUUAAACACGGGUGUGAGCUUAGCAUUGAAGCUUAUGACCACUUGUAUGGUAAAAUGGUUAGUUGGUUACAUUUGGAUAGUUCGUUUUGUGGAUUUGUUAUGUUAUGUGUUUUAGGUAUUUUGUGGCAUCAUACCUAUGGGAUAACACCAUUACAGAGCGGUGUUACAAGAAUAGCAAAUCGAACCUUGUUAGGGAGAGUCUUAUGCAUACUCUCUAGUACUUGGUUGUUGAGUAGAUACUGGAUUAGUUUGUUCGAUCAGGGUUUACACACAGGAUUAGAGGUGACCAGUAUGUGUGUGGUGUGGCUCAGUAGGGUAUCGUGCUAUCUCAUGUUUGGAGCCUUGUUAGGGCUUUGGUGUGCUAUUGCGUAUUUUGCAACUGCUGAUUAUGGUUGUUGGACCUCUUGAGUUUUGAUGAUGACUACACUUUAGCAAAUAUUUGUUUAGAGAUUUUGUGCAGGUCGAUAUCCGAUUAAUUGUGAUCGUUGAUAGUACCGAUGACUUAGUUCAUGGGAAUACACAUGUCAAAAGGUUUCAAGAGAUGUUAGAAGAGUAUAUCACGUGGGAUGUAAAAUGGAGACAGGAAGUCUACUGUUCCCAGGUUUGAUGUUCUAGCAAGUUGGAAUUUGGAGACAGCGCAGUGUUCCCAAACUGAAGUCAAUUUACGUUAGCUAAUAAAUUCUAUCUUUUAUUUUUUAGUUAAUGUAUUUUAAAUUAAAUUGUUGCAGUAAAAAUUUAUUUAAGUUAAUUGGCAAAUCGUUUUUGUUAAAGAAAAUGUAUUCACGAUUUAUUUGUUAAGAUCCUUUAUUUUAGGAUCUAUUUUUAAUAAAUCUUGGAUUUGUUAAAAAUAGAAUUAACUAACUUUGAAUUGGUCUUAGCAAAUCUUUUCAGCCGGUCUUUAUUCCUAAAAAAUAGCAAACAAUCAUUCCCACUAAGAUUAACCGUUUUCUAAAAAUAGCAUGAAGUUCCAGCCAUUAAUUUGGGGAACAGGAAUUACUACUGAAGAAACUGCUACUUUAGGGAACAGCGGUUAUUAAGGGAACAGCGGUUAUUGUUUAUGUACACGUGUGAUUUGACUUAAUCAAAUCUUAUGGAAAUAACCGUGUGUUUGCUUAAUCCACAUUACUCCCAUGAUCUUUUAAUAGUGGGAUGAUGGAUUGGAUUAUUCCACUUUCUUAGGAAUAUUAUUUUCUAUAAAUUGCAAGAUAAUUCCGGUUUUUAAAGUGAAGAGAAGUAAUCCAACGUUUUGUGCUUAAGUAUUUUUCAUACGUUUUUGUUGGAUUUUACAAGAAAUAUUUUGUUCUUAAAGUUGCCAAUUAAUUUAUAAUAUUUUCUUGAUGCAACUCUUUGAUUUAUUUUAGAGAAUUUCUAUCCUUUUUGUAAGGGUUUUUGAGAGUUUAUGUAAUUAGACUCGGGUGAGUCUAAGGGGGAAAUUAGAUAGCUUUGAGUGAAGCUAGAGAGGAUUAGCUUGUAGAGAAGCUAAGGUUGUUGCUUGGAGUAAAGCAAUUAGAGAGAAGAGGAGUCGGCCUAGGUGUUACGCUUCGAGUGAAGCAAGGUGUUUAUUGUGAUUGUAACUAAUUGCCUUAAACAUAGUGGAGUUUUUGAAAAUCCCAAGUGGUCGUGGUUUUUCCUUUUGUUUAGGCCCAAAAGGUUUCCACGUAAAAUCGUGUGUCUCUCUUAUUAUUUUGCUCUUAGUUUAAGCUUUAUUUAUUUUGAAUAAUUCCGCAAAAAAAAACAGGGCACAAUCGCUUAAACUUGCAACAACAACAAUUCACCCCCCCUCUUGUUGCUGUUCCCGUUCCUAAUUGAAUCAACAAUUGGUAUCAGAGCCCUGUUCCCAGAAGAUCAGGAAACCCUGAGGGCAGAUUCUGGUGUUCCCGAAAAAUGUCAAUUAUGAACGAGCGAAUGGAAGAAGGGUAUUCAACUCAAAGACCGCCAAUGUUCGAUGGAAAAUUCUAUACAUAUUGGAAAAAUAGGAUGGAGAUCUUCAUCAAAGCGGAAAAUUAUCAAGUUUGGAGAGUCAUAGAAAUCGGAGAUUUUGAGGUAACCACUACUAACUCCAACAAUGAAAUUGUUCCCAAACCUAUAACCGAAUAUGAAAAAGAAGAUUUUCAGAAAAUGGAAUUAAAUGCUCUUGCUAUAAAAUUACUUCAUUGUGGUCUUGGACCAAACGAGCAUAAUAGAAUUAUGGGGUGCAAAUCCGCUAAGCAAAUUUGGGACCUGCUUGCUGUUACCCAUGAGGGAACAAGUGAAGUAAAACGGUCCAAAAUUGAUUUGUUAAUGUCUAAAUACGAGAGAUUUGUUAUGGAGCCAAGAGAAAGUAUCCAAGAGAUGUUCACUAGGUUCACCAACAUAACAAACAAGCUUGUCUCUCUUGGAAGAAUAAUUCCCACUGAUGAACAAGUAAGGAAGAUCCUAAGGAGCCUUCCUCAAGAUGAGCGCUGGAGGGCCAAGGUUACUGCUAUACAAGAGUCCAAAGAUUUUACAAAGUUUAAUCUAGAGGAGCUGGCUGGUUCCCUAAUGACGCAUGAAUUGCAUUUGGGAACAGCAGACAGUUCCAGGAACAAGGGACUGGCUCUGGCAGCGGGGGAACAGGACGAAUCAGAAUGUGAUGAGGAAGAGGCUGCUUUAUUGGUACGAAAAUUCAAGAAGUUCUUCAGGAACAGCAGGUAUGCAAAUCAAAGAAACAACAAAGAAAGAAGAACAAAAAAUCUUGAAUGCCACAAAUGUGGAAGUACCGAGCACUUCAUCAAGGAUUGCCCAACAUGGAAGAAUGAAAAGGGCAAGGGAAAGACAAGAGAUUCAAGAAGACCGUUGAACAAAGAGAAUUUUAACAAGACUGACUUUCGUAAGGCCAUGAUUGCUGCAUGGGGAGAAACUGAAAGUGAGAAUGAAACUAUUGUUCCCGAAGAAGAGGAGACAGCUAACCUAUGUCUCAUGGCUACGCAUAAAGGCAAGGAGAAGCAGGUAAAUAUUUCUAAUUCAUUUUCUGACCAUUCAUUUAAUCUAAGUAAAAAUGAAUUAAAAGAGUUGUUAAAAGAGACACAAGCUAAACUUGAAAAUUGCAAUAAUAAGUGUCUCAAGUUAAAACAGGAACUUAAAGUAAGCAAAGACCAUGUCUCAUACAUAAACACCUUUAGACAUGAUGUCCAAAACAGAUUUUUCGGUUUGUUGGACCAAAAUAUAAUCCUAAAGGAAAAUAUGGAGAGACUUAAGAAAGAAAAUGUUAUUCUUAAUAUUGAGCUAUCACAAUACAAACUAUUAGGCUUAAAUAAAGAAUUGAUAAAUGCAUCUACUAAGGAUUUGUGCAAUGAUUUUCAACAUUUAGAGUUGAAUCCGGAAUCCGACCAUAAUAAUGAUAAUAAUCUUGAAUUAAAUUCUAGAGGAAAAGGGAAAAUCAAAAUAACUCCCAAAUGGAUUCUAGAUGCUAAAAGUAAGAGAUCACAAGGCCUAAAUUAUUUUAAGAAUAACAAAAGUAAGAAAGCUUACGUUGAUCUUCCUAGAGACAGGUACUGUACCUUCUGUGGUAAAGCUGGCCAUCUGAAGGAACAGUGCACCAAAAGGGAACAGUAUACUGUCUCUAACAGAAACUAUGUCGAUAACAUUCAAAUUGAUAAAUAUGAUUCAUGUAAGAUCGACAAGGAACCCAAGAAAGUCUGGGUUCCUAUAAUUAACAAUUAA